AUAAUAAAAUAAAACAGAUAACAUGGUUUUUGCAAGAACACAACAAAAUGAACAAAACCAACGAAUGUGGACGUAUAAACAAGAUCAGCUUUUUAGAACAGAUAAAAAAACAUUUAAGAAAUAUAAAAUUUCUACAUUUAACGUCAGUUUUCCGCGAUAACAUUAUUUGGAUUUAAUUGUAUGUUAAUAUUAGAUCACACAGUCAAUCGUUUUAAUGCAAGAGGAACAGGAAAUACAGAAAUCCGCAGUGCUUACAGAUGAGUUAGCAAGAGGCAUAAGGUACGAUGACGUAUACAUCUCACCGAGUCAUAUAAAAUUCAACGAAGCCUUUGAAGGAGUUACGUAUCGACAACGUAUCACUAUCAAGAAUGUCGGGUAUAAACCUGCGCUUAUCAGAAUUCGCCAGCUAAAUUCUAUAGCUUUUCAAGUGAAAGCUUUGAAGAGUGGCAUACGGCUGAGUCCUGGAUUAAGUAUAACGACAUACGUGACCUACACGUUCAAAAGAACGUCCAUAUCCCACGCAAUAAUUCCGAUUGAAAUCAACGGAAAGAUUUUCGAUUAUCGAGUGAUAUCCACUUUAGCUACCGAAUGCAUCAGCAUCGAGCCGAAGUCAAUCGACUUUGGUACUAUCGACAUUGGUUAUUCGUCUGGUUUAAAACUAGUAGCAAUCCGUAACGAGGGAAGCAAAAGUACCAGAUUUUCGAUUGAUCUCGGGCAAAAUGAUCUAGACCUAAUGAUAAAGCCUCUUCGUGGAAGAAUCAAACCGCAAAAAGAUGUAAAGCUUCAAAUCGAAUUAAUGGGCGCAAAUGAAGGCAUCUUUUACAGUGAAUUUUGGGUUAAAUCUACCCCAAAUAUACGCGUUCCCGUCAAAGUGCACGUCAUUAUACCGAAAUUGGUAGUCUAUCAUCCAAAUACGACUGGAGAUUUCACGCUCAUCGAUUUUCCACCUACGGUAGAAAAUACCUGUAGGUACGAUACCUUCGUUCUGCGUAACCUUUCAUCCCGAACCUCCAGUUAUGUUGUGCUCGGUGAGAUCGAUAAUGAAGUAAAGUGCAUUCGGGACAUCGACCGUAGGCAAUAUCCGACUUAUAGCGUUUUUGAAAUUCAUCCAUUUGAAGGGCGAAUAAAUCCAUUCCAAGGCAUCAUCUGUGAAGUAAAAUUUUCACCAGUAAGUACAUUGCAACAGAGAGAAGAGCGCGAACAACAGCAGUGGAGAAAAUGUGAAAAUGAAUGCCCAAGUCGAAUGAAGAAUAGAGAUUUUAUGCAAUUCAUUAGAAUAGUCAGGGUACAUUGUACAGAAUCGGAAGAUAUCACCAGGAUUGAAUCUGUAAAGGAUAUUGCGACGGAUAGUGCAUCAUCACAAAGAAUUUGUAUACAAGAAUCAAUGGUGGAAAUGUCAUCCAUGCUAAUGUCCUGUGCAUCAAGUACCGAUUCAGGAAUCUGCGAUGUGCUAAAGCUUUGUCUUUACGGUGAAGUAGAAGCGGUACAAUUGCAUCUCGAACCUGAUACCCUCUAUUUCGGAGACUUAAUUGUCGGCCAGAUAUCACAGCGCGUACUUCGCUUAACAAAUCCUUCCGCUGUUGCGCCGAUAUAUCUAGAAUGUGCGCCGAAUGCAGCUGCACGCUGUUGUCCGAAUUGGGUGAAACUUAAGCCGAAAACGUCGAUCGAAGUUCUUGUUAAAGUUUGCGGCAAGGAAAACAGUAAAAAAAGUUCACCAACAAAAAUAAUAGAUGAUGACGAGGAAAUUAUGAAACGCCUCUUACGCCCACCCAAGUGGAAGCCAUUAUAUAAAAACUAUUCGAAAAUAAUAAGUAGAUUUGCGGGAAAUGUAAGAUGUCCGCUCGAGAAAUCGAUUUCGACAAUCAAGGCAGCUGUAUUGAUACCUUUAUCGCCUUUACAAAUAUAUAAAGUCCACAUUUAUCCAACCACCUUCGCCUUCGGGAUGGUAGCACCGAACAGCACCAACUACCGUCGUUUGGUUGUAAAGAAUACGAACGACGUUCCAGUGAUGAUUCGAUUAACAAGUCUGUCAACCAAGUGCAUCUACUUUCCAGAAGGUAACUUAAUGAUCUUGCAACCAGACUCGAUAAUGACAAGACUAAUCGAGUAUUUUGCGAAUGGGAUUGGCAAGUUUAACGGAUAUAUCAAUUACGCGAUUAAUGAUAACAACUCUUUCGAGCUCAAUAUUACUGCUCACGUCGUUCAAAAGCAAUUAUAUGUCGACAAAAGAGAGAUCGAACUUGGGAAGGAAUGGUUGAAAGGAGAAGUUUAUCAACCAAUGGCCUCUGUUAUCCAAAUUACAAACAAAUUGAAUGCGAAAAUACGUUUCAGGUGGGAAGUGCCAGCGGCGUCUAAAUUCCAUAUAGAACCGAGAUCAGGUUCCGUUCGGGGUAACGCUACGUCGCACGCUUACGUGUACCACGAGACCGAUAACGCGAGGGAUAAUUACGUUCAAGCGGCCCUGAAGUGCGAGAGCGGAAGUCGCACGUCCCUGCGACUUAGCGCAUCGCGAUUUGUGCCGAGGGUGGAAUUCGCGAGCGACCACACGAAUCUCGGGGAAGUGCCUCUCAAUUUGCCGACGAGGGUGCUCGUCGUUGUUCAAAACUAUGAGUUCAACGAGGUGACGUACGAGAUAGAUAGCGCGUCGCUGAUACGCGGCUGUAACGUUAAUCCGCUGCGAGGGAAAAUAGCUCCGCGCGGUAUCGCGAUUCUCGAGGUACACCUCACGUUCGACGUUUGCUGUCGCUUCACUGUCGUAAUUGCCGUUGGGAUUCAAGGUUGUCUGCCGUUACUGUAUAGGAUAAAUGGCGAUGUGUCAUUUCCGCGAUUGAAGCUUCUGCCGCAACGAAUAGACAUAAAACGCCUCAGCGUUGAUGCCUCUCGUACUCACCAGAUAACGGCCACAAAUAUUGGGACAACGUUAUUGAAACUGCAAGUUUCGUUGGAAGAGUAUCCCGAAUUUCACGUCUCUCUGUCGGCAGACGGCAGAAGUUCGGAAAUAGGUACGGAAGGGAUAACCAUCGUCCCAGGUGCAAGUAAAAAUCUUUAUCUCCACUUUCAACCGGUCGAUUUGGCCAGCUACGCUUUCUAUUUGCCGAUCGUGGUAAAUCAGCUGCUCGGCCCGGUAUCGAUGCUGAAUCCCAAGAGCAUUCGACCAGCGGAAUUUGUGAAAUCGCAUGAAGCACAUUAUGCGCAUUUGCCGGGUUUCACCAUGACGCCGUUGCCUGAUAAGCUACCGACUGUAUCCAUCGAUUGUACCGUGGCUGGCCGUGUUGUUUUCUUCAGCAAACUUUCGUUUCGAUUCAACGCCGCGACUAACGAAACUUUAGAAAUUUUAAACAUGACAGUCAAGCAUCUUAAUGUGCAACAUUUACAAAUUUUUAUUUCAACGAGAAGAAAUACAGUCCUACGUUUGAUCACGGUUCAUUCUCUCGUUCUUUGCCACCAGCUGUCCGAAGAAUUGUUCAUAGAGAACCGGAUAACGCCGAGGGAGAUAGCAAUCUCGAUAAAUAUCGGGGAAUUUAACAAAGCCGAUUGCCCGUUCGCCAUAGAGUGGUCUCGCGGCGCGGAGAUUAGGAGAACGCUAGAUUCGAUCGAGUGCACCUUACGUCCCGGCGGCAGCGUCGUCUUCCUUCUCGAGUUCGAGCCGAGGGGACGCGGCAGCUUUACGGCGGAGGCACCGAUAUACGUUCGCGGUGAGCUCGACGACGGCGUCUUCAAUAAAUUACGUCUCGACGGCGAGUUCCCCGCCAGUUCGAUCGACGUCGAGCCGACGGAGAUAUAUUUCACGCCUGUUCCUCUCGGCACGGCGAUAGAGGAAAAGUUUCGGAUCCGAGCGAGGCACUUUGAUAACACGGCGUUUAUACGGCCGAACUUUUUGACGCCGCCGCGAUGCACCGGCGAUUAUAGAGACGAGUUGUUACGCGUUGAGUUCCCAAACGGGAGCGUCGUCUCUUCCCAAUCACGCUGCGUGGAACUUGAAGCAAGAAUAACGUUCAAGAGCGACCGACCAGUAUCGUUUUGCUCAACUAUUGAAUUUUCGGACGAUCGAGCGCUCGCUGCGUGUUCUUUAACGGUGUACGCAACGGCGGAUAAUAAUUUGAUAACGACGUACAUGUAUAAGUCCGGCUUUGACAGGACAUACGAUAGAUGUUCGGAGAAAUGUGUCUCAUAUCCACCAGUGUCGUCGGAUAGCGCGACAGACGAGGACGAUUACGACGAAGGGACUCGUACACUCAGACACAGCGAAUUAUUCGAAUCGAGACCCAGUAUUACGUCGCACUUUGAUGCCCAAAGUAUAAGCUAUGUCGAUAAGACGACAGAUUCGAAAUUGCAUCGAAGUAAAGAAAUAAACGAUAAUGGAGUAGGUAACGGGUACAUGCAAGUAGACGGGAAACGGACGCUGGAUGAUAACGGUAAACGAGUAUCGAUUCGCAUAAGACCUUCCGCGCUCUCCAUGGCUUCCGGAGCGAGGGAUCGCAGCCUCUCCAAAAAAUUAUUGCAUCUUGGUCAUGCGGCGAACGAUCGAAAUGACGAUUGCGAGAAACAUGUGGAAAGAAUAAUGACGAUUAUGGAAGAAUGGAUGUAUUCGGGCCCAUUGGAAUUUCGUUUUUAUCCGAGCAUCCCGUAUGGCAUUACAGCAGCUUUCUCGUAUUUUCACAUAAAAAAAAAAUCAUACGUGGGAAAUUGGAAACAGGAAAGCGGCACGACUAUGCUGUCGUUUAUCGAUGUCCUGGAAUCGCUUGUGGGACCAAAUAUUCGCACUUACUUGGGAGAACUGUCGAGACAGGUGUUACCUGAAAAUGACAUCGAAAGAAUCGAUCGUGUCCUCCAGUUACAUAACAAGAUACUCGACUUUCUUCUGUCACAAGGAGCGUAUUUAUUUCACGUUUCGCCGCAAUUUCUUCUCAAUUACAACGAUUAUCUGAUCAGCAUUGACAUCGUGCAGGGCAAUGCACGAAGAAAAAGGCUUUUCAAUACAAAUUGCGUGCCACGCGAACGGCUGUCGCGGCAAUUAUUCGAGUCGCGAAAUAAGCUGUGUUGGUUGGACGUGAUUUUACAGACGUACAAGUGCCUCGUGCUCCGUGGGAUACAUGAGCAUAAAUUCUGGACGUCGCCGCGUUCCUCGAGGAGAUCCACGGUGUAUCGGGAAUCGAUAGUAUCGUCUAGGUUGAGCUUGCCGAGGCAAUACGAGCUACAUGAGAGAGCUAUUCAGAGUAUCGCAAAUUCGCAAAGCUGCGAACUCGUUACCGGCGAUCAUUGUGCGGAAGAAAAGUUUCUACUAGCUUGGCUGCAAUAUCAUUACGAACAACAGCGUGUGCGAGAUUGGAUGACUGAUCGCCGUGUAAACUUGAGUCCACGGGAAAAGCAGGAUGUGGUCGAGCAUCGCAUGAUCCAGAAUUUUCAUUGCAACUUGUCAAAUAGCCUCGUGCUAAUUGCAGUUACCGCAGCCUACUGUCCCUUUCUCAUCGACGAAUGCUUCAGCAACCUGUACAUUUACCCGAGAAACAAACAUGAAAUGUUGCAUAACGCCAUUUGCCUAGUCACCGCUUGGAGGAAAAUACGACUAGGCUUUAUAAUUACGCCGAUGCAAUUAGUCAAUCCGAAUCAAGUGCAAAUAUUAAUGCUGGUCGUUCAUCUUUUCCAAGUUUUGCCGACGUACGUACCUCGCGCCAAGAUCAAAUUUAGCUGUCCACUUUCUCAAACCGUAACAAAGCAAAUAAGCGUUUCAAAUCCGUCGGAUAACAUUGUAACUUAUUUUUUGUUGCUCGUGAACGAUGUCAAUCGUUUUUUUACCAUCCUGAAGCCCGCAUCGGUUUUACGUUUAAAUGCGCACGGCAGUGGCCAAAUACAAAUACAAUUUCAUGCCAAGAAAAUACGGAGAGACAGAGCAUACUUGGUGCUUUGCGGACGGGCUAUUGGACCACAUUUCGGGACGAAUCAAACUAUUAUUUUAGAAGGUCAUACUGAUAAUCUGGGAAUCACGAGGGAGUACACUAUACGCAGCAAACUGUACAAGAUUGUCGAAACGAAUCUGAGAAUCAAUGUACCCUAUCAAAAUGCUGCAAAAUAUGAAAUAUGGAUGGCGGACGAAUGGCCGAGUCAUCCAUCAAAUCUAAAAAUUACGCGAUGGCGUGAAUUGCGAGCCAGGAAAGUACCACGAAGGCUUUUCCUGAAUCAGGAAUCAAUAGUCGUUGCUGAGGGCGCAUCAGAGGUGCAUUUAUCGAUCAGUGUGGCGUGUAUUGCACCGAAGCAACGAACAUUUUGGUUAAUCUUUCAAUCGAAGACAGGCGACUUCAUUAUUCAAAUAAAUUCGGUUUGGCAAACGUCUGUUAACGAUCAUAUUGUUGUUGAGUGGGCGGCUCAAGGUGAAUGCAUUUGCUCAAAUCAGGGAAGUGGCGUAAGAAGCAAUUGCCCGUUUAAUAUUAACUUACCUGUACCAUCUUGUAAUAUUCAAUUUCGGAAAUGUGUAACUGAGAUGUUCCAAAAAACUCUUGAACCAAAGGAACGUCAGUUCUGGUCAAAAUACUUGGAUACUUACAUUGAAUUACGAUUGAUACACGGGUGGAUGGGAGAUGUUGAUUCUACAGCUUUGGAAUUUGUCCAUAUUUUUAAUACUGCAGUCACAUAUAAAGUUACAAUUUCGGACAAAUCGAGUCCUCUCAUUCUACCAGAAUGCUUGACUAUCCAAGAUGUGAGGUUGUCUAACCAGCAAGUUCCAAUGAUGAUACACGUUCUACCAACAACUCCUCCAUUGUAUGAAGCAACGAUCACUCUCACAUCCUUGGAUGACAAAGAACUUCGAGUAUACAUCAUCAACUGCUUACGAUUAUAAAGUUGUUUCGUCUAUACAAUUCAACAGAUAAUCGAAGGAGUUCUCUUCAUCUGCUUGAGAGAAUCUAUCCAGGGAUUUCCGCGUAUUUUUUAUAUCAUCUAGAACAAAAAUAUCAGCAUAGUCCGAUCUGCAAAAGGCCCUACGACCUCCAAAGGCUAGAUGGUAUCUAGGU